AUGGCGCACCCCAUGUCUCUCCGAGACCGACAGAUUGCGUCAAUCCAAAAGCUACUCAAUUUGAACCACGCCCCCCAGUCGACGGAGGAUGGCCAAGACUCUGGAACCGGGAGUCUCAUCUCCCAUUCAACCCCCAUCCUGAAUGAGGACGGCGACCCAAUUUGGAAAGUUCUGGUCUUUGAUGCUAUGGGCCGAGAUGUCAUUAGCAGUGUACUCAGAGUUAAUGAUCUCCGAGCAUGGGGUGUCACUAUUCAUCUAAACAUCAACGCCCAAAGAUACCCGAUCCCCAAUGUCCCUGUUGUCUAUUUCCUUGAGCCCACCGAAUCCAACAUCCAGGCGAUCACGCGCGAUCUUUCCCAUGGCCUUUACUCCCCCGCCUAUGUGAACUUCUUGUCUUCAAUACCACGGCCCUUGCUUGAAGACUUUGCUUCACAAGUAGCAGCAUCUGGCGCCUCUGAGCACAUUGCACAAGUAUUCGAUCAAUACCUGAACUUCAUCGUCGCCGAGCCUGACUUAUUCAGCCUGGGACUUGGGAAUGAUGCAUACUACAAAAUCAACAGCCCCAAAACAAGCGAUGAGGAUCUGGAUGCAAUUGUAGACAAGGUGGUCAGCGGGUUGUUCAGUGUCAGCGUGACAAUGGGCUCUAUCCCAAUCAUUCGAUGUCCCAAGGGCGGUGCGGCAGAGCUCAUUGCAACCAAGUUGGAUCGGAAACUUCGUGACCACAUUCUAAACUCUAAAGACAACUUGUUCUCUGGUAACCAGCGGGCAUUGCCUGGGGUUCCCUCCACUCGGCCAGUGUUGAUCAUUAUGGACCGAAAUGUUGACCUGGUGCCCAUGCUCUCUCACUCUUGGACAUAUCAGUCCCUUGUGCAGGAUGUGCUGCAAAUGCGGCUGAAUCGCAUUACCUUGGAAGCCGACGGUCAGGACUCAAGCUCCGGUAAAAAGUCGUACGAUCUGACCAGCAGUGAUUUCUUUUGGCAAAAAAAUGCUGGAGCGCCAUUCCCUCAAGUUGCGGAAGAUAUUGAUGCCGAACUCACUCGUUACAAAGAAGAUGCAAACGACAUCACGAAGAAGACCGGCGCCUCCUCGAUUGAAGACCUCCAAAAUGAUACCAGCGCUUCCGCCCAGCAUUUGAAAGCUGCCAUCACCCUGCUUCCUGAACUGCGCGAGCGUAAGGCGAUCCUGGAUAUGCACAUGAAUAUCGCCACUGCGCUGCUCAAGGGUAUCAAAGACCGGCAGCUGGAUAACUUCUUCGAGCUGGAGGAGAACAUCACCAAACAAUCCAAAACCCAAAUACUUGACUUGAUCAAUGAUCCUGCCAAGGGCAGCAAUCCAUCCGACAAACUACGUAUCUUCAUAAUCUGGUUCCUCAGCACCGAGACCGAACUCAACCGCAACGAGAUCACUCAAUUCGAAGAAGCCUUAAUCAGAGCUGGCGUUGCGGAUAUCGCCCCCAUUUCCUACGUCCGUCAAGUGCGCGAGAUCACUCGGAUGACCAUGAUGACGACUGCCGCCCCUGAGCCCCAAUCCUCCGACCUCUUCCGCGGCUUCUCUUCCCUCUCCAACCGCCUCACAGACCGCAUCACCUCUGGGUCCCUGGGCGCCAACUUCGACUCCCUCAUCUCUGGUGUCAAGAACUUCCUCCCCGCAAAUAAGGACUUGACGGUCACGAAGAUCACCGAAUCCAUCAUGGACCCGGCCGCCGCCUCUAGCUCCGCAAUCGCCAAGACGGAAAGCUACCUAUACUUCGAUCCCCGCAGCGCCAACGCUCGCGGCGCAAUGCCGCCAGCUUCUGCCUCGCGUAACCCUCAGAGCGCCGGUGUACCAGGCAUUUCGGGUCCUGGAACAGGAGCGACAUUUGGCCAGCGUCGCCAGGCAUUCAACGAAGCCAUCGUCUUUACCGUCGGCGGUGGUAGUAUGGAUGAGUACGGCAAUUUGCAAGACUGGGUCCAUCGGACGAGUGGGCAGCAGGGGCCUGAUGGAGUGUCCCAGCAGAAUCGAGCGCCCACUGCACGCCGCCGUAUUGUGUAUGGAAGCACAGAUCUGUUGAACGCCAAUGAGUUCUUGACAGAAUCAUUGGCGCCGCUUGGGAAGGAAAGCUAA